AUGGACUCAUUAUCACAGCAACGAUUAUCGGCAAUUCUCUCAGCUUCAUACUCAGACGCAGAGAUACGCAAUGCCUUGCAAGUCCUCGACUCCCGCUUUACCGAAAACUCCCCCGACUCUCGACGACAGCUCCGGGUAGAUAUCCAAGCGGAAGUGAUUCAGAGUAACGCGCAUAUCGUUCGAGAAUUUUCCAAAAUCUCCGAGCAAUUGAAGCUUGUGGGUCACACGUUGGACGAUAUGAACAAUAUAGUAUCUUCUCUGAAAGCACAUGUCACAACUGCUAGCUCAGAGACAACUCAUAUACUCGAGGAGUCGUCCCAGUUACUUGCUCAAAAGAAGAAGACGGAAACUAAGGAAGCUCUGCUAAAAGCUUUUGCGGAGCACUUUGUUGUCUCGGAGAGAGAUGUGGUCACCCUGACAAGCUCUGCAGAACCCGUCGAUGACCGAUUCUUUAGGAUUCUAAAUAGAGUAAAAAAGAUACAUGGAGAUUGCGAAGUUCUGCUUGCCAGUGAGAAUCAGAAAGCUGGCCUAGAGAUAAUGGACCAAAUGACCGGUCAUCUGCAAGGAGCUUUCCAGAAGCUGUAUCGGUGGACACAGCGAGAAUUAAAGCAUCUUUCUCUCGAGAACCCGCAGAUUAAUGCAGGGAUAAGGCGGGCGUUAAGGGUUCUGGCCGAGAGGCCUACUCUAUUUCAGAGCUGUUUGGACUUCUUCGCUGAAGCCCGGCAAAAGAGCUUUACGCCCAUGACCCCUUGA